AUGCAAGAAUUACAGGUGACCUUGCAAGUGCAAUUGAAAAGGGCUUUCAAUGUGAAGUAUUGCAUUUCUGUGAUUGGUGUUAUUGAUGCAAGUAGAAGUAAAGACAAGGGUUAUAGGACAAUAGUGAAAGAAGGGUUCUGUGAUGAGUUGGAUGAGUUGAGACAAAUAUAUGAGGAAUUGACAGAAUUUUUGGAAGAGGUGUCAUCAUUGGAACUUGCUAGGCUUCCUAUUAUGUCUGGAGACAAGUUUCUUCCUUGUAUUGCUUACCUACAUCAAAUAGGUUACUUGAUGUGUGUUUUCGAAGAAAAACUUGAUGAAACCACACUAGAAAAUCUUCAAGAUUUUGAAUUUGCUUUCUCAGAUGAAGAUGGAGACAUGAAAAUUUUUUUCUAUCGCACCUCGAAGACACAAGAAUUGGACAACCUUCUUGGGGAUAUAUAUCACAAAAUCCUAGACAUGAAGAGGGCAAUUACGAGGGACUUGGUGUCACAAAUUCUUCUAUUCUCAGCACAUCUUCUCAAGGCUGUGAAUUUUGCAGCUGAACUUGACCGCUUUUUAUCACUGGCAUUGGUUGCUCGUCAAAACAAUUAUGUGAGGCCAACUUUGACUAUAGAAGACUUGCUUGAUAUGCAGAAUGGAAGGAAGGAUUAA